AAAGUUGAAUAUGAGCCGACGUCGUUUACUCCAACAGAGAAAGACGGCAAACACAAACCGGAUUACGCAGACCGUACGCGCUACUCCGUCCGACGGGGGAAGGAAGAAGAAGAAGAAGACGGAGUCAAAUAACCAAAACCCAAACUUCUCUCACCGAUCACUCUCUCCGAGAUCUGCAUCUUCGGACAAUUUCGCUUCCGACGACGUUUCUCUCCUCUGACUUCGCUCCGGCCUUCAUAAUCCGGUGCUGAAUUUUGGAUCCGGGGAACUGAAUCUGAGAGAUUCUCCUCCCUCCUGGACUUGUUAAUAUGGCCGGGAUCUUGAAUAAAUUGCGGAAUCUAGAUGCAUAUCCUAAGAUCAAUGAGGAUUUUUACAGCCGGACAUUGUCCGGCGGCGUAAUCACUCUCCUCUCCUCCUUCGUUAUGUUCCUUCUCUUCUUCUCCGAGCUCCGUUUAUAUCUUCAUACCGUCACCGAGACGAAGCUUAUAGUGGAUACUUCAAGGGGAGAGACGUUACGAAUUAACUUUGAUAUUACUUUUCCUGCUCUAGCAUGUUCGAUUCUUAGUGUUGAUGCCAUGGAUAUUAGUGGAGAGCUUCAUCUUGACGUGAAACAUGACAUUAUAAAGAGAAGGUUAGAUUCUAAUGGCAACACUAUUGAGGCAAGACAGGACGGAAUAGGCGCUACUAAGAUUGAAAAACCUCUGCAGAAACAUGGCGGCAGGCUGGAACAUAACGAGACGUACUGUGGUUCUUGCUAUGGUGCUGAAGCGGAAGAGCAUGACUGCUGCAAUACAUGUGAAGAUGUUCGUGAAGCAUAUAGAAAGAAAGGUUGGGGAGUUACAAAUCCAGAUUUGAUUGACCAGUGUAAACGAGAAGGUUUUCUACAAAGAGUAAAGGAUGAAGAAGGGGAAGGGUGUAAUAUCUAUGGGUUCUUGGAGGUAAAUAAGGUGGCUGGGAACUUCCACUUUGCUCCUGGGAAAAGCUUUCAUCAGUCGGGCGUGCACGUUCAUGAUCUUCUUGCUUUUCAAAAAGACAGUUUCAACAUAAGUCACAAGAUCAAUAGACUGACUUAUGGGGACUACUUUCCUGGCGUCGUUAACCCUCUUGACAAAGUCCAGUGGAGUCAAGACACACCUAAUGCUAUGUACCAAUACUUUAUCAAGGUUGUACCAACAGUAUACACAGAUAUCAGAGGACACACAAUUCAAUCAAAUCAGUUCUCGGUGACUGAACAUGUAAAGAGCUCAGAAGCAGGUCAACUGCAAUCUUUGCCAGGUGUUUUCUUCUUCUAUGAUCUAUCACCAAUCAAGGUAACAUUUACAGAGGAACAUAUAUCGUUCUUGCACUUCUUGACGAAUGUUUGUGCCAUAGUCGGAGGUGUUUUCACGGUAUCUGGGAUAAUAGACGCGUUUAUAUACCAUGGUCAAAAAGCUAUCAAGAAGAAGAUGGAAAUCGGUAAAUUUAGCUGAUCUUUUUACAUUUAGUUGAGAGCUUUUGUUUUUGGGGUUUGGUCUCUCUCUCUCUCUCUCUUUUCGUUUUGCGGAUAAUACGAUUCCAUACAUACCCCCUCAAACGCGUCAAAUGUAAUAUGAUAUCAUUUAUUUAAUUCUUUUUGUCAGACUGAUGACUAUGCCCAUAAAUAUAGAUUGGUAUACGUUACGCUC